AUGCGCAGAUGCUUGUGUCUGCCGCUGCGGAGAAGAAUAGUGACGGCAACAGUAACCACAUGGACACAGAACUUCAGCAAUACACUCCAUGGCUCUCAGCGUUUUUAUACUGUAGGGACCACACAUGAUGGGCCUGUAUCAACUGAUGUUGAAACGCCAAACAAAGAGGACUCUUUGCCACAGAGUCAUGAGUACCGAAAAAUUGAAGAGCAAAUCCGGGGGCUGCCCGAGGAAGAUCAACGUUUAAUACUCAGUGCCCUGCAGAACCCUGAGCAGCAGCCGAGCUCAAAGAUGGGUGGCGCUGGUAUCGGCACGAAAUCAGGCGACAUGGUGGCAGCAUUUACAUGUGGACGUUGUGAGCAUCGUAUGGUGAAGAAAUUCAGCAAGCAUGCUUACACAAAGGGUAUCGUGAUUGUCCAGUGUUCUUCCUGUGAGGUGAAGCAUCUCCUCGCAGACAAUCUUGGAUGGUUUGUGAAUGAAGCAAGGAACAUUGAAGACAUGCUACGGGAAAAGGGUGAUUCCUUCGUGCGCAUUGGGAACGAUUAUCAAGUUGAACCGCCUAAUGAUAAUAAAGGUCCAAGUACUAAGGCGUGA